CUCAGCAGCCCAUUCAUCCUACACAGCCUUUAAACCUUCCAAAGUUUAACCCAGCCCAACAGCCCUAUUAUAUACCACAUCAGCAACAACAGCAACAGCAACAGCAACAACAUCCAUAUCAUCAUCAUCAUCAACAACAACAUCAUCAGCAUCAGCAUCAACAUCAACGUCAUCAUCACCAACAGCCACAACAGCAUAAUGAUUCCUCUUCCUUUGAAAUGCUAGACUGGUGUAUGAAACAGCCACAACAACAAAAACAGCCUACAGAAACAAUCAAUGUACACACCCCUAUUUUAACUCCAAGUAUAAAUAACAAUCAUCCCUCACCGGUUCGAACGGAUUAUUUUUAUUCUACCCCACAAUCCAAUAACCCUUCACCUGUUUCUACUACUAGAUAUGAUAUAAGCCAACAACAUCCUACUCCAUUAAUCAUAAAAAGAGAAGAUUAUGGUGGGUAUCAUAACACUCAUUAUAACUUAUCAAACAAUACCACGAUAGCAACGACCGUGAAUACUACAACUGUAUCAGAUUCAUCUAUGGCUCCCGUUCCUAUUAAUAAUGGUCUAGCUACGCCAAUAUCAGAAAUUGCCUUUCCUGGUACUCCUCAAUCUCGUAAUUCAAUCCACUCCUCUGACUCUAGUUCAACUUCUACUCAAUCUGAACCCGCUCAUAUAUCUCCUAUCGAUGUUCCUCCGCCUCUUACAAAUGCCUUUGCUACUAUCGAAAAAUGGGGCAAAUCAGCAAAUGAAGAAGAUUAUCAUGAAACUCGUUAUUGGAGAAGAACGAAACGUAAUGAUUCUACUUCUAGUAAUACAACAAAUUUAAUAGCAGCAGCUGUUGCAGCUGUUGCCGCUCGUUCUUCUUCCAGUUCCCCCAUUGAGACAGGUCGCCAAUUGAAAAAAGUAGCUCAUAAUGCAAUUGAACGUCGGUAUCGUAAUAAUAUCAAUGACCGCAUUCGUGAUUUAAAAAAUGUCGUUCCUGCACUCUAUAAAGCAAAGAUAAGAGAAAAGAAAAAGUCCAGGAAUGAAGAAGAAGAAGUAGGAAGAGGAAGAGGAAGAGGAACAGAAGGAGAAGCAACAGGUGCAGGUGCAGGUGCAGACUCUGAAGAAGAAGAAGAAGAAGAAGAUAAUGCAUCUACUGAUAGUGAUCAUACAGGCGAAAUCAUUGAUGGUGUAGAAGUAGCUAAAAAGCUGAAUAAGGCAACUAUUCUAUUAAAAGCCACUGAAUAUAUUUAUUACUUGAAACAUAAAAAUGAAAUGGCUGAACAAGAAAAUCAAGUCCUUCAACAAAUCCUAGCUCAAAUGCCAGGUGGAGCCAAGGUACUAGCACGCUUUCAAUCUCAAAAAUAUGAUUUUCAACAGGCUGAACAGCAACGUAUGCUUCAGGAACGCAAGGAAUUACAGGAACGUGAAAAGGCUGAACGUCAAAGAAUACUCCGUGAACGUGCUGCUCAAAGGGCUGCCUUGGCUGAGUUAUUACCUAAACCUGAACGUAGACCUUAUCGUCGUAGAGCGAAAAGGCAACAACAAGAGAAUACUAACAAUAAGAAGAAGCAACAGCAGCAGCAACAACAACAACAGCAACAGCAACAACAACAACAACAACAACAAGUCUUCAUGAUAGAGUCAUCAUCAUCAUUACCCUCUAUUAACCAACAUUCUAAGAAAGAUUUAAAAAAUGGUAAUAUUCAUACUGCUGGCAGUGAAAGAUCCCUACUAGAAGAUAACAACAAUAAUAGUAAUCAUGGUAAUAAAGUCUUUAUGGCCAUGUUCUUAUGUCUAGCUAUUGUUUCACCUUUCUCUUUUCAAAACGUUGCUGCAAAGCCCUAUUAUGGGGCUCGAGUCAUUUCUCAACUACAACAACAGCAACAACAACAGCAACAAAUAGUGGCCCGAUCUUUACCAUCAACAAUUGUAUCUACUAAUUACUGGUACUUGAUUAAGACUGGUUUAUUUAUCUUAUUAGUCAUGACUGCAUUAUUCCAUUACUAUACUCAAUCUCGACGUAUCGUCACUCAAAAGAAGGUUUAACAAAAAAAAAAAAAAAAAAA